CAAUUUGACCAAAGGAGGAGAUCGACGAUGAACUCCAAUUUGCAGUCGAAUCAUGUACCAUCGCAGCUCUUCACCUCCAUUGACAUGGGAACAAACUCUUUCAAGCUUCUUAUAGUCCACGCAGACCCUUCUGGAAGAUCUUUCGUUCCCGUCGAGAGACUCAAAGAACCAGUGGUGUUGUCCCGCGAAUCUCCAACCUCAAUUUCGUCUCAGUCUCAGAUUCGCGCUCUCCAAUCUCUACAGAAAUUCAAAAGCUUGAUCCUCUCGCACAACGUCUCCGGUGACCGGAUCCGAUGCGUCGCCACGGAAGCCCUACGGCAGGCAGAGAACCAGAAACAGUUCGUGGAUACGGUUUUCGAGGAUCUCGGUCUACAGAUCGAUGUGCUUUCCGGCGAAGAGGAGGCGAGGUUGGUUUAUCUAGGCGUGCUCCAGUUUCUACCGGUAUUUGAGAAAUCCGUCUUAUGUAUCGACAUAGGAGGUGGGUCUACUGAGUUUGUGGUGGGCAAGCGUGGUGAAGUGAAGCUUGCUGUUUCUUUGAAGCUAGGCCAUGUUAAUUUGACACAAAUGUUCAUGAAAAAUGGUAUUGGGUUGACUGAAAUGAGAGACCAUAUCCGUCGUGCGAUUGAUGAGUCUAAGUUAGCUGAUAAAUUGAAAGAAUCUGAGGGCUUUGAGGUGGUUGUGGGAUCUUCGGGAACUAUACGAGCUAUUGAGAAUGCAGUAUUUAGUGACUAUGGAACUGAUUUGCCUCAAUUCAAUCUCGAUGGGUAUAAGAGGGAUUGGAGAUUUGGCAGACGAGAGCUGAGCCGCGUUGUGGAGCAGCUAUGCGGUGAAGGAGACGAAGAGCAUAUCCGGAGAGAAGGCUUUUUCAAUAGAAGAUCAGAGUUCAUUGUCGCUGGGGCGGUUCUGUUGGAGGAAAUAUUCAAGGCUCUCGGUAUCGAGGAGAUGGAGGUGUCAGAGUAUGCAUUGGCAGAGGGUGUGAUUGCUGAUUCUCUGGCCAAAGCUUUUGAUGGAUUAUAUGAUUUGAAUGCCAAUGCGAGGUGGCGAUCAGUCAUGAGGCUUGCCACACGACUCAAUGGAAAAAAGCGAAUGAAUCAUGCGAUACACUGUGCCAACAUCGCCAAGGAGAUCUUUGUAGGUUUGAGGAAGUGCAGUGAUUUUAACGUCUUGUUAGAUGAUAAGGAUCUUGAGUAUCUUGGGGCUGCUUGUUUCUUACACAAUAUCGGAAUCAUCACAGGGAAAAAGGGAUAUCAUAAGCAGUCGUCUCAUAUCAUCAAGAAUGGGGAUCAUCUCCAUAGCUACACUGCUGAAGAAGUCGAGCUUAUAGCAAUGCUUACGAGAUACCAAAGAAAGAAGUUUCCCAAGCUUGAUCGUGCACCUCUUAAGGGCUUCACUGAGAAGGAAAAGCGAAAGUUCAUAGUCAUGUGUUUAGUUGUCCGAUUAUCUGUCAUACUUCAACGGAGUGAUAAUAUGGAUCUCCAAGAAGUUGAAUUUCUUGAAUCUGCUGAGUGCUUUAAACUUGUGCUUAAACAACAAAACCAUGAAUCUUUCUUGACUGGUUCUCAAAAUCAAGUAAACAAAAACUCUGAUGCAAUACGACUGGAGCAAGAAGUUGGGCAUUUUAAAAGGGUAAACUUUCAGUACCCAAACAGUUCUAUCAGUUUCACUACUAUUCAAGAAGGAAAUGGUGGUUAUCUUUCCUUCCUGAAGAAAACAAUCAGACGCGGGUUUCUUAGCUUUACGUGUCGGUAUAAAACUGAAGCUUUCGCAGGCAGUCUAAUCAAAGAAAGAAUAGGAACUCUCUCCAGUGGUCGAUAA